AAUUCGCUUCUCCAGUUUGCGCGCUUGCCAUCGCAUGUCGCACGUGUCAUGUCAAUAUCCUAACCUAACCUGCCGCCUCGGAGCCGUGCCGAUCAGCUGAUCGCCGAGUACAGCUCGUAUACAGCUGAUCGUUGACGUUUGCGGCAGUUUGCGGUGCGAACGCCGCAUGAAUCGAGAAUUUAGAUUUCGGAAUUAUCCCAGCAUCGUCGAACGAGACAGCCGACAUUUCGUAAUCGCAUUUUCCUCGCAGACUCACAGCGGACAUCGGCGAGGAGAGAAUUGAGAGAAUGCGUGCGGAGGCCGAGCGCGGAAGGUGCAACUAAAGUCAGCAGACACAAUUUUAUUUUUUGAUACUUAUAUCAAAAUUUCUGAAUUAUAUCUAUGCGCACGUAAUUUAUGUCGCAACUCGGAGAUCGCAGGCGUUCUAGCUACGGCACCGGUCGCGCGAAUUUACGAGCAGGAAUCCGGCAGGCGCGCGAGCGCGCUUUCCACCCGCGGCGUUCCCGAAAUUGAUUUCAUGACGCACCUGCGACUCGACCGUCUCAUGUCCAAGCUCCAAUCGAUCGCUCGGCGACGGUACCUCGCCCGGGCGAACGUCCUCGCGCUCCUGGUCGGGGCGCUCCUCGUCCUCCUGUGCGUGCGUUACCUGCCGGCGCGGGGAUGCUCAGCAGAUCGGCAGAUUUCGGAAGCCAAGCCCAAGUACAGGCUGAUCGUCCUGGUCAUGAGCGGGCCGGACAACCUGGAACGUCGCGACACUAUCAGGAAGACCUGGCUGGCCGAUCACAGCCACGGCGCCACGGUGAGGCACCUCUUCGUCGUCGGCACCCAGGACAUCCUGCCGGAGCAGAGGAACACCCUGCAGUCGGAGAAGGAGAAGUUCGACGAUCUGCUGCUGCUGCCCAGGCUGCAGGACUCCUACGGCACCCUGACGAAGAAGGUCCUCCACGCCCUGAAAGCCGUCCACGAGCACUACGACUUUGACUACCUGCUGAAGUGCGACGACGACUCUUACGCGCUGGUGCACAAGAUCCUGAAGGAGCUCGACAGGUGGCAGAGCAAGGGCACCAGGCGGGAGCUCUACUGGGGCUUCUUCAACGGCCGGGCGCAGGUGAAGCGGAGCGGUCCCUGGAAGGAGGCCGAUUGGAUCCUGUGCGAUUAUUACCUUCCUUACGCUCUGGGCGGCGGGUACGUCCUGUCCUACAAUCUCGUCAAGUUCAUCGCCAGCAACGCGGACAUCCUCAAGCUGCAUAAUUCCGAGGACGUCUCCGUCGGUCUUUGGCUGGCGCCGCUGGCGAACAUCGAGAGGAAGCACGACGUGCGCUUCGACACGGAAUACAGAUCGCGCGGCUGCUCCAAUCAGUACAUAAUCACGCACAAGCAAACGAUCCCGAACAUGAGAAGCAUGCACGAGUACUAUCAGGCCUCCGGCGCGUUGUGUCCCAAGGAAGUGAGGAAUCGCAUGAGCUAUCAGUACAAUUGGACCGCACCACCUAGUCAGUGCUGCAAUAGACAAUCCGGGAUCCCUUAACGCGACGGGGGGGACGAGAUUUCUGCAACGUUCUAGUCUGGUUUUUUGAUACUUGCUCAAAAAACAUUCUCAUGUUUAUCGCGUACAUUUGCAAUGGCUCUAAGCAUUAUAUUUAUAUUCUGACUUGUAUCUUCAUUAGGAUACAUUGACAUCAAAUAUCGUAAAAAUGUAGCCGUAACUCCCAAAAGCAAUUUCAGCAGUAUUAUUGAGAAAAGUAGCGAAAGAUUAUAACGAAUUCGUGACGUUUCUUCGGAAGAAUUAAAGCGAAACUAUAAAUUUGGAUUUUAUUCGUAUAAUAUUUUACUCGUAUA